GGUUUAUCUACAUGGCAAGUAACGAGAAUUCUUGUAAACUAAAGUUAAGUGAAUUUGAUGAAACUUUCUCAGACGAUGUUGCUGAAAAUACAAAGGUAUAAAUGAACAUAUUUCUCGUGGCUCCUUUGAAAUAGAAAGCAAAUGACACAAAAUUAUUUCCAAUUACCAUUUGCGUACGGACCCUAUACAAUUUGAUGGGGAAGAUGAGUUUGCUACUAAAUAGAGGGUUGGGGCUAAAUACAGGAUGGGGGUAAAUAGAGGAUGGGGCUAACUAGAGGGUGGGGGCUAAAUAUAGGAAGGACUAAAUAGAGGUGGGGGCUGAAUAGAGGGUGGGUGCUAAAGUGAGGAUGGGGCUAAAUAGAGGGUGGGGCUAAAUAGAGGUUGGGGCUAAAUAGAGGGUGGGGCUAAUUGAGGAGUGGGGCUAAAUAGAGGGUAGGGCCUAAAUAUAGGGUGGGGGCUAAAUUGAGAAUGGGGGCUAAAUAGAGGGUGGGCGCUAAAUAUACGGUAUCUGAAAAGCAAAACAUGGAAAUUGAAACCUGCAAUUUUUCUUCUCGUUCAAGAUAGGAAAGAGUUUCAUGCCGUAUGAAUGACAUAUGUUUCUUUAUUUAUUCUUGUAGCUUCAUGCUGAUUUAUAUCACAUGGUCAUGGAUGGCGCUUCAGAUUCUGCCGUCACAAAAGUCAAAGAAACGUCAUUUCAGUUUUUCAACUGCGUAUCACAGCUUCUCAAUGCUACGAAAGUUUUAACAUAUUCCUGACAUUUUCAUAGUUGGUAUACUCUUGUUAAAAGUUGUUAUUUCAGUGUAAAUAUUGUGAAGGCUUUGCCGGGAUUUAAACUAGAUUAAAUAUUAAAUAAAUCCAGUACAGGAGCUAUCUCCUGCAUGUGGAUAUGGGGGUUGCCACCAGCCUAUAUCAAC